AUGGGCAGAAAAGAGAGCGAGAGACACCGACAGACGCUGCUUAACGGAGAGAGUUCCCCGGGGCGACAGAGACAACGAAAAUCCGAGAAGGCGCGGCCCGGCAGAGUCGGACCCGGACAUGGGCUCGAGCUGAGAGAGGCGGAGAACGACGGCGCCCGUGCAGAGAGCCCGAAAGCGCGGAGCCGCCGGGCCCCCAGGCCGGGAGAGACAAAGCCCGCGGGCGGCAGCCAUCGAGACCGAGACCGACCGAGGCCGUGCCACCGACUCCGUGCCGCCGAGACCGAGACAUCGGGCGGAGAGCCAGCGAGGAGGGCGCAGCGGGGACAGCGGGCGCACAGCGUGGAGCCGCUAGCGGGGCGCGAGGCGCUGAGACCUCGGGCGGAGACCCCGCGGGCCCCCGAGAGAGAGGCCGAGCCCGAGGCGGGGGGAGCGACCUCGGGCGGAGAGUCGAAGUCUCCAGAAGGGAAGCGCGCAGAGCCUGCGCCCGGGGCAGCGCGAAGGGGCGCGACGGCGGCCACGGCCCGCCCGGAGCCCACCUGGCGGCUCCUGGGAGCAGCAGCAGCGCCCCGCGUCCCGCCAGCGCGAGCCCCGCACCGCCUGGCCGCGUCGCCGCCGCUGCCGGCGAUGAGCCGCACCCGGGCGCAGCGCCGCCCGCCCGCGAUGACGGCCGCUCGGGCCGGGGGCGAGGAGGCGGGGGCUCGGGGCUGGCGGCGCGGGGCCCCGGCGCUCCCCCACCCCGCCUCCCCGCCCCCGCCGCCUCCAGGGCCGCUCUGA